UGAAGCAUCACUCAAAAAAAACAGAGCCCAGCAGCACAACAUACCGCGUGUGGAUGUGCACACACGUAUUGACCAAGCGCUGCAUCUGCCGAAGAUUUUGAAGUUUGAACAGAGACAGCGACACAGGCGCAACGUCUGGCAACACGCAAGCACAACGAACGAGGCACCAUCAGCCUUCACGAUCACAUCACAGGCGCGGCAGCAAAUCAAUCACGGCGUUGGCCACGUUGCUGGCAUGGCAACAACGACGCGAGAGCAACGCCACCAUCAUCAAUCCACCCACCUUCCGCCCGCCACGACGUGCGCCAAAGGGCACGAAGAAAAGGAGAAAAAGAAAGAGAAACCAGCGCGGCGCGGUCGCCAAUCCUACCUGCCUGCCCUCCGCGGAGACCGUUGCCCGCUUCGCCGUCACAGCCAGCCCCCAAUCAAAAGAGCAGAGCAGAGCCCCCCUCUUCCCCCUUCUCCCUCCCUCCCUCCCCGCUGGCCGGCACUUUCCCCAGUCGAUCGGGAUUCGGGGAGCAUGGCGAGGGCCCUCGACGGCUGCUACUCCGCCAAAGACGUCGCCUACAGCUGUGGGUACUGUGGCUAUGCAUUGAACUUGAGCUCCUCAACACGGAACACGGCCAACAUUGGAUCAAAGUAUGGAAAGCAGAUCAGGAAAGGCGUCGUCUCGUUCUUCGCGAUUGACGAGAGCCGGUUCACACAAACUGACGAGGUGAGCUGCAUGCCAUACUUCAGCUCAAGGUCUUCAUGGGGUUUCUUCAGAAGGAGAACACGAUUGCUCUGCCGCAAGUGCAGUGCCCAUAUCGGUAACGCUUAUGACGACGAGGACUCUGCCUUGUAUCAUAGCUCAGAUGACACACUCGCAAGCUCAGAGGUCAGCAGCAUGUCUAGUCGAAAGAAAUAUGUUAUCAAGAUCAAUGCGCUACAGCCCUCAUCCGACGACUCCGGUGUUCCAUUCUCUCAAUGACAGCAAUCUGAACUGAUGUAUUGUGUGCCUUGAAAAGCAUGGUUGCUCUACUCUGUGCCGGCACUGGGAUGCUGUGAAUCAGAGCUUUUCAAGGAACUUGUCAUCUCUGUGAUGCUUCAGUCAUCUCACUGCACAUACUUGAUAGUAAUUUUUCAUUUCUUUUCUAUUACCGCUAUACAUGUAUACUUUAAACAGAAGUGUCAAAUUUUGGUUGUGUUGAUAGUACAAAAUGGGAGGGUCUUUUUGGUGUCUACGUCGGUACUUGUGUAUCUAUGUCUUCAGCGUGUUUGCAACAUGUUUGCCAUAUUCAGUCACCUCCCUAUCAGGCGUUCAGUUUCA